AUGGACAGUAUAAGCACAACCAUCUUGCUCCUGCUCCUGAUUCUCACCUGUCUGUUCCUGACUCGCAGCUCAAGGGGCAAGAGUCGGCUUCCCCCUGGCCCCAUGCCCCUCCCAUUCCUGGGAAACCUGCUGCAGUUUCGUUCCAAAGACAUGAUGACCUCUCUCACCAAGCUGAGCAAGAAAUAUGGCCCAGUGUACACAGUGUACCUGGGGACCAGGCCGGUGGUGGUCCUCAGCGGGUACCAAGCCGUGAAAGAGGCCCUCGUGAACCACGGGGAGGAAUUCAGUGGCCGCGGCCACUACCCCAGCUUUUUUAACUUCACUAAAGGCAAUGGCAUCGCCUUUUCAAACGGGGAGCGAUGGAAAGUCCUCAAGAAGUUCUCUCUCCAGAUUCUGCGGAACUUAGGGAUGAGGAAAAGGAGCAAUGAAGAGCUCAUCCUGAAGGAAGUCAGCUUCUUGCUGGAAGAACUGCGGAAAACUGAAGGCGAGCCCUUAAACCCCACGUCGGUGUUAAGCCGCUCAGUGUCCAACAUUAUCUGCUCGGUGGUCUUCGGCAGACGCUUCGACUAUGACGACGAACGUCUGCUCACCAUUAUCCACUUCAUGAAUGACAGCUUAGAAAUCCUGAGCAGCCGCUGGAGCGAGUGGUACCACCUCUUUCCGAGCCUCCUGAACUGGUUGCCCGGGCCGCACCAACGCCUUUUCCGGAACUUUGGGCGCUUGAAGGACCUCAUCUUCCGCAGCGUCCGCGACCAUCAGGCCUCCCUCGACCCCAGCUCUCCCCAGGAUUUCAUUGAUUACUUCCUCAUCAAAAUAGCACAGGAGAAGCAGGACCCGCAGAGCCACUUCCAUAUGGAUACCCUGCUGAUGACCACACACAACCUGCUCUUUGGCGGCACCCAGACCAUAGUCACCACUCUGACCUACGCCUUCCUCCUGCUAACGAAGUACCCGAAAGUGCAAGUCCGAGUACAGGAGGAAAUCGACCACGUGGUGGGACGACAGCGGCUGCCGACACCGGGGGACCGAGUGGCCAUGCCUUACACAGAUGCCGUGAUCCACGAGGUGCAGCGCUUCGCAGAUGUCCUCCCCUUGAACUUGCCUCACCGCGUCAUUCAGGACACGACCUUUCGCGGCUUCCUGCUACCCAAAGGCACAGAUAUCAUCACCGUCCUUAAUACGGUCCACUACGACCCCACUCAGUUCCUGAAGCCCCAGGAAUUCAACCCUGAGCACUUUCUGGAUGCCAGUCAGUCCUUCAAGAAGAGCCCAGCCUUCAUGCCCUUCUCAGCUGGUCCACGACUGUGCCUGGGUGAGUCGCUGGCGCGCAUGGAGCUCUUCCUCUACCUCUCCGCCAUCCUGCAGAACUUCUCACUGCAGCCGCUGGGGGCGCCCGAGGACAUCGACUUGACCCCGCGCACCUCCGGUCUCGGCAAUUUGCCACGGCCCUACGAGCUGUGCAUGCGCGCGCGCUGA